UUUUUUUCACUAUUUAAAUUUGUAUCAUUUUAAUUAGUGCCACUGUCCAGGGCAGACAUUUUUGUACCUCACCAUCAGUACAAUAAUUACUACUAUACUAGUACUUUGUACAGUGGUACCUGUACUUGUACUUUGUAUGUGAAUUGCUGAUGGUGAAUAAAACGGAAGAAUCAUACGAACUUCUACUCGUAUUGAAUUAUGAUUAUCAAUAAUGUUGUCUGGACUCUGUUCGAUUGCACAAGAGCGAGCGUUGGGUCCCGAUGCCUCUUUUAAUCUUUUGAGGGGUCGAAACUCCUGCUUGUGAAGAUCCGCUCGCUCCACAAUAUACAGCACAAGUACGAAAUUGUACAGCGCCAUCGAUCAUUUCCCAGUGGCACGCAACAUGGAAGUAGUUGAACUGAACAGCAAAUUUAUGAGAGGAACCGUUCCUGAACUUUUUGAUCCCGUGUUCGUUUAGAAUGUUUGCGUUUUUCCAUCUGACGCUUGUUUCGAAUAUUAGCAUCGAUUGGGGUUCGAAUAAUUUUUUCUGCUUUACAGAAAGCCGUAUAAGAUUGGUUUUUUUGGUUAUCUGAAAUUCUGGACAAAAAACUAAAUGUGGGAACAUAUAUUUGGGUAACCCAACAGGCACUCAUGGUGGUUGAUUCGUUUCGUUCAAUUCGUUGUAAUCGUUCGUCGGAUUUUUGGCUAACAUAAAAUGAAAAACAUGAGGAGUUAUUAAUUUACGCUCGUAUACGAUCUGUGAUAUUUUCACCCCUUUCCCCUGCUUGUCUUUCAUCCUCCAUUUUACGGCCAUGGAUCUGUCCUGCCCGUUGGUGGAUCCCUUUCCCGUGUGCCCCGUGGACAGCUGGACUGACUGGGGCAACGGGAGCGAGAGCAUUUCUUCGUUGCUUGCUGCUGGACUGACGACAGCCUCCGGUGUGGAUUCCAACGCGUCACAAUCAGCAUACGAUCAGAUGGCCCGCUCCCGCCUCUACAACAUCUUCCGCCGAGCCACCGUACCCCACGGAUUCGGGUCGGAGUACCAGUCUGAGUUAAGAAAGUUCUUCGGGGAACGCUGGACCGAUUCCUGGCUCAUCUGGGCUUUGGCUAUGCCUGGGACGUUCAUCCUGGGCGUGAUGGCGCAGGUGCUGGUGAAGGGCAUUUUCGGCCGGCUGCGGAUGCCCGAACGACAGCACACUCGCGAGCGCCUGUGGAACUUCGCGUUCUAUAAGUUCAUCUUCAUCUUUGGCGUGGUCAACGUCGACUCGAUUGAGGAGAUGAUCAUCUGGGGAUCGUGGUUCGCGCUUCUCGGCACCGUUCAGUUCUUCAUCGUUAUUUCGCGCGAUCGAUGCGAAUACAUGACGUUCUCACCGGUGCCGGCGAAGCGAGCGCACCGGCGCAUCGUCGUCCUGUUGGCCAGCAUUAUCGGCUUCGCGCUGUGCGUGCUGAGCUUCAGUUUGUACAUUUUGUGGGCUGGUUUCGUCCACACGGGACUGUUCACGCUGGCCGAAGCUCUGCUAAUCCUUAUGCCCAGCUGGCACAUUUUAUUGCGCUACGGUUACCACCACCUGCGCCAGGGCAAGUCCACGCUGGCCUGGGAGAAACGCACGGCGCUCUAUUAUCAUCUCAAUAUAGUCUUCGAACUCGGGACGUUGUUGGUGGAUCUUGUGCACCAUCUGCACAUGAUGCUGCAAGUGUGCAAUCUCAGCGCUUCCAGUCUGGUCAUCGUAGCGCAGAUCCGGUUUCUCUGCAUGGACUUUGUGAGUAAAUUCCGCCGUCAUCGCAAUUACAUGGCCAUUCGCAAGCGGCUACAGGCCACUUAUCCGUCAGCCACGGAUGAGGAGAUCAAGCAACAUGACGGACCCUGCUCCAUCUGCUGGGACACCAUGGAGCAGGCACGCAAACUCCAUUGUGGACACAUUUUCCACGAGUCGUGUCUGUUGUCGUGGCUGGAACAGGACGUGUCCUGUCCCAUCUGCCGCACCACCCUGACGAGCACUUUCCACAGUGGCCCGCGAGUGACCGCUCCGAGCGCCCACCUGCCUACGGGUGGCCGUUUUUUCUUUCCAGGCGCUCGUAUCAACCGUUACCUGCCCAACAUCUCCGUCACCGUGUCCCAUCCCAUGCACGACUACCUGGAUCAUCCCGGUGUGGAUAUAAUGGCCGAGCAGGUGCAGCAGGUAUUUCCCAACAUCUCCCACCAUCUUAUCAUUCGUGACCUCCUGGAGACAGGCUCCACGGAGCGCACAAUCGACAACAUCCUCAACGGGACGUUGUACGACAGCGGGCCGACGUUGCCGGGCGAACGUGAUGCCUUCGGCUCAUCGUCGUCCUCUUCGGAUUCGGAGGACGAGGAAGCGUCUGUUUCCAGUGAGCCGCUGCAUCCCCAGCUGGCUCUGACCGGUCUAAGUCUGACCGCCCCUGGUGGUGGCCUCCGUGCCAUCCCCGAUACACCCGAGGCCUGUCGGGCCCUGCAGAUCCAACGCCGUGAGACGCUGGUGUAUGAAGCGCGCAAGAAAUUCUUGGCUAAGAUGGCCAUGGAGAAAGCACAAACGGCUAAUACGUAACACACACCCUAUGCUGCAUUUUCUGUAUGUAUUAAAUUUGAAUUUCUUUAUUUUUGCCUCAUUUUAGUUGCAGUUACGGCUGGGUGUUAUGUUCGUAAUGUGGCAGGGAUAUUGGUUUUUGUGAUACAUGUGAUUUUACUCGGUUUAGACUUUUAGUAUGCUGUUUCGCGCAAUUAUUAUUUUAAACAGUUUUAUCUCUCAUUUUAUAUUUUUUGCUACGGGCAUCAUUGGUAAGUACUGCUGAAAUGGGUCCUCAACACGGGGAACGAAUCAAAGAGCAUGCACGAGUAUAAAGCUUUGAUAAAAGUAAAAACAAGAUGAUAAACAUGACAUGACGCAAGUAAAGUGCCGCUGAUUG